AUGGGGAAUCUUGUUGUUCCUACUGCUACUGCCCUUUUUUCAUUUGGUGCUAUAAUUUUCUUGUGUCUUUUCACAUCAUAUUUGCGUAAGGCAAGCAGUAGUAGUACUGGUGGGACAGGGUCACCAUGUGGUGCAUGCAAAUUUCUAAGGAGAAAAUGUGUUGUUGAUUGUAUAUUUGCACCUUAUUUCAACUCAGAAGAAGGUCCUUCUAAAUUUGCUGAAAUUCAUAAAGUGUUUGGAGUAAAUAAUGUGUCUAAAUUGUUGCAUAAUGUACUAGUGGAUGAUCUUUGUGAUGCUGUUGUUACAACUGCUUAUGAAGCGCAAGCUAAGAUUAAAGAUCCUGCCUAUGGUUGUGUCGCGAACAUCUUUUCUUUACAACAACUGGCACGAUAUCCAAAUCCUGAGGAAAAAGAUUUGGGAGAUGAGGAGUUGCUGAAUCCUGGGAUCCCAAGGCGUGCAAAGCAGAUAGCUGCAUCAGUAUGA